CCCGAGGCCCCGAGGCGCUGAGGCGGCGGCAGCGGUGGUGGCCGUUCUCCGAGCUUUUCCUCUCCAGGCUCUCAGACGAACGGCGACGGCGGGGAGCUGAGCACCGAAAAGGCGCACCCCUCCCCGGGCGAGCUGCAGCACGAACAGACCCCGCGGGCGGCCGGGGUCCGCGCCGCAGCCGCCGCCUCACUCCGGCCCGGACUGCCGCGAGAGGCGGCGGCGGCGGCCGCCGCCUCGGCCCCGGCCGGCCUGCGGCGCCCCCCGGCCGCGCCCCCGCGCGCAGCUCGCGGCCCCGGCCAUGGGGCUGGGCGGAUCCGGGGCUCGGCCGAGCUAAGGCGGCGGCGCCUGCCUGCGCGCCCCUUGGGGCCACCCCCGCACCCCGCUCGCCGGCGCCUGGCUCUCAUGAUGAUGAAGAAGAAGAAGUUUAAGUUUAAGGUGGACUUCGAGCUCGAGGAGCUCUCCUCGGUGCCCUUCGUCAAUGGGGUCCUCUUCUGCAAGAUGCGGCUGCUGGACGGCGGCAGCUUCACGGCCGAGUCCUCCAGGGAAGUGGUACAAGCAAACUGUGUUCACUGGAGAAAGAAGUUCUCAUUUAUGUGCAAAAUGAGUGCAAGUGCCACCACGGGCAUUCUGGAUCCUUGUAUCUACAGAGUGUCUGUGAGGAAGGAAUUAAAAGGUGGAAAAGCAUAUGCAAAGCUUGGCUUUACAGAUCUAAACCUGGCAGAAUUUGCUGGAUCAGGAAAUACCACUCGGCGCUGUUUACUGGAAGGCUAUGAUACCAAAAAUACAAGACAGGAUAACUCCAUUCUUAAAGUUUUAAUAAGUAUGCAGCUGAUGUCUGGUGAUCCAUGUUUUAAAACGCCUCCCUCUACAUCAAUGUCUAUACCAAUUGCUGGCGAAUCUGAGUCCCUGGAAGAAGAUAGGAAAGGUGGAGAGACCCUGAAAGUCCAUCUUGGAAUAGCAGAUCUUUCAGCAAAGAGUACCUCUGUUCCAGAUGAACUCGGUGCCUGUGGACAUUCUAGAACAUCAAGCUAUGCAAGCCAGCAGUCAAAAGUAUCAGGGUAUAGUUCAUGUCACUCCCGGUCAUCUAGUUUCUCAGAGCUGUGCCACAGGAGAAAUACCUCGGUGGGAAGUACAUCAACAGGAAUUGAAAGUAUUCUAGAGCCAUGUGAUGAGAUUGAGCCAAAAGUAGCUGAACCCAAUCUUGAUACAACUGAUAAAGAAGAUACAGCUUCAGAAAAACUUAACAGAUGUCCAGUGAAACAAGAUUCUGUGGAAUCUCAGCUGAAGCGAGUUGAUGACACCAGAGUGGAUGCCGAUGAUAUUGUGGAGAAAAUACUACAGAGUCAAGACUUCAGCCUGGAUUCCAGUGCAGAAGAAGAAGGACUGAGGUUGUUUGUGGGUCCUGGGGGAAGUACAACCUUUGGCAGUCAUCAUCUUCCAAAUAGGGUAGGGUCUAGUGCUUAUGAACAAGUUGUCAUCAAACGCUAGAAGACAAGCUGAUAAGCAGAAACUUCCCCCUGGAUUUAAAGUAUGGGCAGUUGAUGUGUCCAGCAUUUUGUUCAAGCUGCUCAGAGAAAAUGAACCUAUGUAAAUGAAGUUCAUCUGUCAAGAGGAAAGCUGAUGCUGAUUUCUUCUUGGAGAGUGCCCACCAACCAUCCUUUCCCUCCCACAAGCAGGGAUCAUCAUCCGAAUGCGAGUCUCCAGCGUGCCAGGGAGUGCACCGCUCCCGUGGUCCUGUACGUGCAGGUGAAAAGCCUGCUCUUGCUUUCAGAACAUCCCAGUGAGGAAAACAGCACUUUGAUGCAUCUGCAUUUAUUAUUCAGGUGUAAAAUCUAUGACAAUGGUGCUCAACAGGUUUGGGCUCCAUGUUUUCAUUUCAGUUUUACAUUUGAGAGACAAUAGUGAAUAUAAUUUAAAGCCUAUAAAUUCCAUCAAGAUAAUUGUGCUCCUGUUAAGGAAAUCUUACAUAUUAUACUACCUACAAGUAUUAUAGUAAGUUUAUUAACUCUUUUUGAUUGAUAUAAAAUGUGAGUGUUCAUGCUUUGGGGAAAUGUUAUAUUACAAUUUAAACAUGUAAAAUGCUUAAUAAUCAUUCUGAAUAUAAUCAUCAUAAAUCAAAAUGGCAAAUGUGUUUAAGUCAGAGAUAAGUGAAUGAACGUGACACAUUAUUAUGCAGUAUAUGUUGUUGCUUAUUGUUAAUACAGGUGAGCUGCAGAGCCCCCACCAGCAUAUAUGGUAUAGGAGACUCAAAAUAAGUGUACUGUUGACUGUUAGGCUACCAUUAGGCAUCCAAACAGAAGAGCUCUUUUAAAUAACUGAACGUUAAGAUAUGAAGGUUUGAGAAAUCAAAAUUUUGAACCAGAGGGAAACGGUGAAUGAUGGAAACAGAGCAGCCUUUUCCGUGUAAAUUCAGGCUUGUCUGAAAAUGAAAACCACCCUGUCACGGUAGCGGGUAGAAGACAGGGACAGCUGCCUGAUGCUCCUGAUGCAGACCCAAGGUUCCAUUCUGCGUGGCCAGGUGUCACUUGUAUGUUUUCUCCCUUACAGUAUCUGAGGUUGGUUGUUUUUCGGGGCACGAGUAGAAUAUAACAUAGAAUUUGUAAAAUCACAGUAUGUGGUCUAGAUCCAGUUUAAUAGCACAGCAGAUAAACCUUAAGAGUUUUUCUGAUCCAAAACAACAGUUUCCACUUCUUGGAAUCCCUUAGUCUUUAAAGAAAGAUGGAUUGUAUAGAAAUAGCAUUUCCCAGUCUUUACUUCCAAAAUCAUGCCCAAGAAUGACAAUAAUAUUUCAGAAUAGAAUUACUUUGGUUGAAGUAUUUUCAUAUUGGCAAAAUAAGGGAGAAAUUAUAUUAUUUUUAAUAUUCAAAUAUAAAGGUUUGGAGAUUUUUGAAUAGUUCCUGUUAGGACUUAUUUUUUUUUUAAUAUUUCAAGGAUUGGAUUGGAUAUUCUACAUUAAAAUCAAACACUAUUUUUACAAGUAGAUUCUGAAGUUUUUAAAAUGACACUCUGUUUUAGAAUAUUUUGAAUGUUAAAAGAGAAUCAUCUGGUCAUUAGUUAUACUUUUUAUUUUUUAAGAUUUAUUUUGAAGAGGGCUGGCGCCGUGGCUCACUUGGUUAAUCCUCCGCCUGCGGCACCAGCAUCCCCUAUGGGCGCUGAGUUCUAGUCCCGGCUGCUCCUCUUCCAGUCCAGCUCUCUGCUGUGGCCCGGGAAGGCAGUGGAGGAUGGCCCAGGUGCUUGGGUUCCUGCACCCGCAUGGGAGACCAGGAGGAAGCACCUGACUCCUGGCUUCGGCUUGGCGCAGUGCGCCGGCCAUAGCAGCCAUUUUGGGGGUGAACCGACGGAAGGAAGACCUUUCUCUCUGUCUCUCUCUCUCUCACUGUCUAACUCUGCCUGUCAAAUUUACUUUGAAAAAAUACAUUGACCUGAACAUUUUAGUCUAACCAAGGAAAAGUAGUAAAGACUUGUUCUCUUUCUUCAAGUAAAAUUCAUUAUAUAUUAUGGAAAGCAUCAAAGAAAGUUUUUAAUAGAAAGAUGAAGGAUUGUUUAAAGAAAUAUUUAUUAUGACUUUUUAAAGCAUAUUUUUCUAUUUUCAAAAUAUUAUUUCUUAGCUAUAUUUUUAUUGACACUUCUGUACAUGUUUUUGUGCUUUUAAAAAUAAUCAAUGUAGAUUAUAAGUGGGGUCCAUUGAGGACAUUUGUCAGAAAUACUAAAGGUGCUAGGAUCAGGGCAGGACCCUUGUCCACCUGUCUCUCUCCUCCUUGGCUGUCCUUGGCCUGGUGACCUUUAUGUAAGACUGACUCUCAGUAUGCAGAAUAGUACAGGAUUCUUCAACUGUGAAGAGAUUUUGAAAAGUAUAAACUUCAUGGCCUUAUAAUUUUAGCAGCUAUCAAUUAAAUUUAUUUUGUAGUAGUAAAUAUAACGAAUAUUUUACUGAAUAUCAACAUUGAUUAGAAAAAGAAAGAAUUAAUGGUAAUGUCCUCUGAGGUCAGUGGAAGCUUGAAUUCACUCUGUUCCAUCCCUGUGAGCCUGCUUUGCCCUCAGAUUUCAGCACAACCACUUCAAAGUAUGCGUUGAGAGCUGCCUAUUCGUCUGCCUUACUUUCUAGUUUUUCUUUUUAGAGCUUGCAUUGCUAAUAUUUUAACCCUGUGGCUAUUGAAAAAAUCUAUUUAUCAAAUACCAAGUCCACUUUUGAUUCCAUUUUGAGUUUUGAAAAUUUAGAUUCUUAAUAAUUGGCUUUUUAAAUGUUAAAGUCAAAUUUACAAUCACCUAGUCUUGGAGAAUUUGUAGAUGUAUAAGACUUCUGAUUCUCUCCUAGAGAUAAAGGCUAAUCAUAUUUCAAAGCUGUAUAUCUAUGGAGAGAUAAAUUACAGUCUUAUGUAUCUUGUUUGGGAGAAGGCACAGGCCAGCCUGGAGACCAGCUCCCUGGGACUUGAGCUGGUAACUGAGGGGAAUACAGGGGAGAGAAGGUGCAUUUUAAUGGUUUACUCCCCUUGGUGAUUUUGAAGUUCUCUGUGUUCAAACAAACUAAUGUGGAUUUGUGCUUAUGAUUUGAAAAAGUCUUGACCAAGAAUCCCAAACUCCACCAUCCCAUUCCAGUGUAAAACUAGCAGAACAGGGGGCAGGCAUAAUGGUGCAGUAGGUUAAGCCACUGCUUAGGAUGCUCACAUCUAUGACCAAGUGCCAGUGUGAGUCCUGGCUGCUCUGCUUCCCGGCCAGCUGCCUGCUAAUGUGCCUGGAAGGAUAGCAGAUGAUGAUCCAAAUACUUGGGUCCCUGCUACCCGCCUGGCCCAGCUCUGGCUAUUGUGAGCUUUUGGGGAGUGAACAGGGCAGAUGGAAGAUCUUGCUUGCACUCGCUCUCUGUCACUCUCUCUUUCAUAGGAACAAAUACAUCUUUAAAAAAAAUCAGAGUAAUAUCUAAAAUAGAGUCUUCUGUAUAUGCUUUUUUUGUACAAAACUAUGGGCCACAGAGGUCAACCACUUAGCCCGUUUGUGGCUAGAAAGAAAACAACCUCUGCUAACCACCAGUCAAAACAUAUCCAAAUUCCAGGGGCAGUAAGUUUUAAUAAAGCAUGCAGGAGUAGUUUUAGGCUUUCAGAUUUCCGUGCUGACUAGACCACUGUGUAAGCUCAAGCUGACAGUAUUAUUAAACAUUUUAUUGAAGUGUCACAUCACACUUCUCUGAGACAGACAGGGCUCUUAGGUCUGGGGCAGGAGUGGGGGUGCAUUUUAUUUUCUUAAUGCUCUUUAACUUGGCCAGUUCAGGAAUUUUGCCUGCUCAGCUCUCUUGUUCUCUCCAAUGGUACGUUUUGUGACUGUAAUCAAGCACUGAAGAUGAAAUUGUGUUAUGCCACUACUCAUGUGUUGGCCUAGGUACUAUGCAUAAUGUUCAUAGCUGAGAUGUUCAAGAACAUGAAGUCUAAAAUAUACAGGAUAGGAUAUACCUGCGUUAAGCCAGAUGUAAGACUGCUCUGGAAACAGACGCCUUAUUUUAUUCCCUUGUAUGUGCUUUCCAUAUGGUGUGUACACAGUAUCUUUUAGAUGGUUAUGUGGGUGGUCUGCAUAGCUACUCCCACAUACCACGAAGCUGACAAAGCCGUUUACUCCACAUAGUCAUGUUUUCAGAUGUUUAUGUUUACCUUAGGUAUAUAACAAAAAGUUUCUCCUACUGGCAAUACUCAUUGACCAAAUCCAUGCAGGAGAAGACAUUUAGAGUUCAUACAAGUUAAUGGUUUUUUUAAAAUACAUCUUAUUUUAAGGAUCACCUUCCUCGUGUGUUUAUUUGAUCCUUUGGAAGUUGAUACAGUGUGUGGUUAAUCAUGCAAAUGUGUUUGUAAGAUUUUAUUGAAGUGAUUCCAUUAGUAUUCUAAUACUUGGAGAAUGACCUUCAUAUUUAUGUAUUUCUUUGUUUCAAAUGUACAAUGAUAAAUCCUGGAUUUUUUUUUACAAAAAGCAAUUUUUAAUUUGUAAAGUGUUAAUAAUAAAGGUGAAUCUUACGUAUGUUCAAUAAAAACCAUAUAUUAAAAGAC